GAAGGGCGAGGAGGAGACAUGCGGUUGCGAUUCGGCACUCGUGCCGCGGCGGCCGCCGCCGGGUUGAUCCUGUUCUGCAUGGUUAGUGGCAGGGUGGACGCGGCUCGCAAGCCCAAGGUACCGACGGUCAACGCCUGCUCGGAGGAGGAGUUCCCGUGCGACAACGGGUCCUGUGUGCCGAAGGCGUCCCGCUGCAACAACAGCCGGGACUGCUCGGACGGGAGCGACGAGGUCGGGUGUGAUUACUUUUUGUGCCGCAGUCCGCAGUGGUACCGCUGUAAACACGACAACGGUACCUGUAUCAGCGCGUCGUUUUUGUGUGACAAGCACGACGACUGUCCGCUCGGGGAUGACGAGGAGAACUGCGAGAACUUUGAGGUUCCGCACGUGCCGGUUCCGUGUAGCAAGUUCGAGUUUACCUGCACGGACAAGAUGUGCAUCCCGAAGGAUCUGGUGUGUGAUGGGACCAGGCACUGUUUGGACGGAUCGGACGAGACGAUUGGGUGCAUGGACGUGGAGAACAAGUGCAAGGGCUUCCUGUGCAAGAACAAGCACUGCGUUCAGAGUCAUGACUGGGUUUGUGACGGGGUUGACGAUUGUGGAGACGGAUCGGACGAGGAGAACUGCUUUAUCGGGUGUACGCUGGAGCACGGGAAGUUCGAGUGUGCUGACAACAGUACUUGCGUGGAUCUGAAGAUGGUCUGCGAUGGGAAUGAUGACUGCGGAGAUCGGAGCGAUGAAACGGGACUGUGCACGUCACGGGAGUGCGACAGUAUGAGGUGUCCAGAGGGUUGUAAGAAUACGCCGCACGGAUCGGUCUGUCUGUGCAAGGCGGGGUUCGUGUUUGACCGGAAGUCGAAGCAGUGCGAGGACGUGAACGAGUGCGAGCGGUACGGACUGUGUUCGCAGGGCUGCGAGAAUACUCCCGGCUCGUUUCGGUGCACUUGUGCCAGCAAGUUCAAACUGAGGAAGGACGGGAGAACGUGCGAGAUCGCCGACUCCACGGAGGCGCUGCUGCUGUACACCACGCAAAAGUCCAUCGGAGCGCUCUACCUCACGUCCAAGCACCAGUACUACGUGGCGAAGAACCUGUCCCAGGUGAUCGGCGUCAGCUACGACGGAAGCUACGUCUACUGGACGGACAUCUCGUUCAAGACGGAAGCGAUCGAGCGCUCGCUGGAGGACGGCAGCAAGCGGGAACUCCUGCUCACAUCCGGCUUGGCCUCGCCGGAAGAUCUCGCCCUGGAUUGGCUCACCGGCAACAUCUACUUCAGCGACAGUGGCCACAUGAUGAUCGCCGUCUGCUCCAACAACGGCCAGCACUGCUCCUCCCUGAUCCAGGACACGCUCCACAAACCCCGCGGAAUCGCACUCCUCCCCCAAAACGGAACCAUGUUCUACUCCGACUGGGGCGACAAAGCGAUGAUCGGAACGGCCGGCAUGGACGGCAAGAACCGCCGAGUCCUCAUCGACGAGAACAUCCACUGGCCGAACGGACUCAGCCUGGACUGGCCCAACGGGCGGCUCUACUGGGUCGACGCCAAGCUGAAGAAGAUCGAGAGCGUCCGGCUGGACGGCACCCAGCGGACCACCGUCAUCGGGGACGUGCUGAAGCACCCCUUCGCCAUCUCCGUGUUCAACGAUCGCAUCUACUGGUCCGACUGGGACACCAAGAGCAUCCAGUCGUGCGACAAGUUCAGCGGCAAGCAGCGCAAAACCGUCGUCCACGAUCGGCAGAUUUUCGACGUCCACGUGUACCACUCAUCGGUCCAACCGAAAGGCGACCACGCCUGCAUCGGCAACUUCUGCUCCCACCUGUGCCUCCUGGCCCAAAACAACUCCUACUCGUGCGCCUGCCCGUACUCCAUGGGCCUCAAGCCGGACAAGCACUCGUGCCGGGAGCUGAUCAAGCGGCAGUUCCUCCUGCUCGGAGUCGCCAACUACCUCGUCCGGCUGGACAUGCAGACGUUCGGGCGGCACGAGCUGAGCAAGGGCGACGCCUUCCAGUUCUUCAUCAGCCGGAUGGUGUUCAACUCGAUCAACGGCGAACUGCUGGUCGCGGACAACGUGCAGAAGGCGAUCUUCGCGGUUGAUUUGAAGAGUAAGGCUUCGCGGAAGUUGAUCGGGGACGGCAUUGGGAACGUGUCGGCGAUGGCGUUUGAUUAUUUGGGGAAUAAUUUGUACUGGGCGGACAGCGAGCGAUCGACGGUGGAGGUGUACUCGCUGCAGAGUAAGAGCAGGGCGAUCGUGCAGCAUUAUUUGGGGACGGAGGCGCCGAUCGGGUUGGCGGUGAUCCCGGAGAUUGGGAAGAUGUUUGUCGCGCUGCGAUCGGUGAGUGGCCAGCAUACGCACAUCGAUCGGCAGGAUAUGACGGGGAGAGGGCAGCACAUGCACAUUAUCGAGCAGCGGCUGAGCGGGAAUGGGAGCUUCCAGUUUGUGGUGGAUCGGGACUUGAGGAGCGUGUUCUGGAACGACAUGGGAAACAGCAGGAUCGAGUUCACGAGUUAUGAGGGCGAUACGCGGCACCUGUUCCGGGAGUUUUUGCGGCUGCCGGUGUCGAUCGCGAUCGUUGGUGAGAACCUGUUCUGGACGUGCCUGCGGUCGAAGCGGCUGUACUGGUCGGACAAGCACAACCUAGGCGUGACGAAGAAGAUCACCGUGGAUCAGCCGCCGUACGGAGCGUUCCCGGACGAGAUCGUGCUGCUGGCGACGCAACCGUUACAGCGGUACGAUCACCCCUGUCAGAAGCAGAACGGAGGCUGCUCGCACAUCUGCGUGGCCGCUGGAAUGUACAGCGGUGCUUGCGUCUGCCCGACGGGGAUGAUCUUCCGGACGCCGAAGAACACCAGCUGCAUUGACGCGAUCGACUGCGAGUUCAAGUGCACCAGCGGAGAGUGCCUGACGAUCAGCAAGCGGUGCAACGGGCACACGGACUGUGCGGACGGGUCGGACGAGAAGGGCUGCGAGCAGUCCGGUCCGAAGCCGGUCGAGUGUCGGUACGAUCAGUUCGCUUGCGCAGACCGAAGCACCUGCAUCACGCAGAAGCUACGCUGCGACAAGCACUACGACUGUCCGGAUCGGUCCGACGAGAAGAACUGCGAGGGGUACGAUCACGGCCGGGGCUGUCACGAGGAUCAGCACGCCUGUCCGGACGGGUCGUGCAUCGACGUGAACGCACUGUGCGACGGUUACAAGGACUGCGCAGACGGAUCCGACGAGCAAAACUGCGCCGAGCUGAACAACGAAAAGCAGAACGCCACCACGUGCGGACCGCUGAUGUUCCGAUGCUCCUCAGGCCAAUGCAUUCCCAAGUGGUGGGAGUGCGACGGAUCCCCAGACUGUACCGACGGAUCCGACGAGCACGCCAAGUGCGGCAAGGUCGACUGCCGAACCGGCUUCACCAAGUGCGCCCUCGGUCACUGCAUCGAAGACCGCCUCGUCUGCGACGGAAACAACGACUGCGGCGACAACUCGGACGAAGCCAACUGCACCGUAACCGCGGAACCCUGCGUCGGCCUCGAAGAGGACAACCCCACCAAGUUCCUCUGUCAACGAUCCGGAAAGUGCCUCCCCAUCGCCGUCCGCUGCAACGGAACGUCCGAGUGUCCGAACGGAGAGGACGAAGCCGGAUGUAGCCAGUGCGGGUUGCACGACUUCCAGUGCAAGAGUGGCGCGUGCAUCCGGAAGGAGUGGCAGUGUGACAAGGAGGUGGACUGCGAUGACGGGUCGGACGAGGUGGACUGUGAUGCGGUGAAUGGGACGCGCACGGAGCAGCAGUUCCACGUGGCCUGCGGAGACGGCGCAUUCGAGUGCAAGCCGGGCGUUUGCAUCGAGAUGAGCAAGGUGUGCGACGGGCGGAAGGACUGCAGUGAUGGCAAAGACGAAGGCAAGGCCUGCUCGACCGCUUGCGCCAAAUCGCCGUGCGAGCAAAAGUGCCUGCCCACGCCGAACGGCGCGAUCUGCGAGUGCCGCAACGGGUUCACGCUGGCCGGCAACCGGAAGUCCUGCCAGGACGUGGACGAGUGCGCCGAGGGAACUCCGUGCGCCCAGCAGUGCAGCAAUACGCGGGGGUCGUUCCGGUGCGCGUGUCAGCCGGGCUUUAUGCUGCGCUCGGACAAGGUGUCCUGCAAGGCGGUUGGCCCGAGCCGGUACGUGCUUUAUACGUCGUUCGAUCAGAUCCGGAAGUUGGAGGUGAAUCCGCCGUCGAUCCGGGUGCUGCUGCAGAGCAAUGGGUCGAGGGUGUUGAGCUUGGCGGUGGAUGUGAGGAGGGAGGCGUUGUACUGGAUCGAUGAGUACGCUCCGGUUGUUUACAGGCAUGACUUGGCGAAGAAUGCUUCGUUUGUGCUGAGGAACGUUGGCCAUCCGACGCAGUUGGCGGUGGAUUGGAUAACUGGGAAUGUGUACUUGUACGAUGUGAAGUCUGCGUCGAUCAAGUUGUGUUCGUUUGAGCGGCAGGUCUGCGUGAGGGUCAUCAAGUUUUCGUCGCAGGUGUUCAUCAAAGCGCUUGCCGUUGAUCCGGUGAACCAUUCGUUGUUCUACUCGUUGAUGCACUACUGGAUCUUUGAGGUGCCGCACUCGAUCGUGUACCGGGCGAACCUGGACGGAUCGCAUCAGCAGGUCGUAGUGAUGAACGUGUCGCACGUGACUUCCCUUGAGUGUGACCCGGAGAACCGGAUGCUCUACAUGACGGACGCCACCACCAAGUCGCUGUUCAAGGUGGAUUACGAGGGUAACCAGGUGACCCGGGUCAACUUGGGCGCCCAAAGCACCGAGGCGUUGAGCCUCCCCAUCGGGAUGACCCUGUACGAGAACCAGCUCCUCAUCCUGAACAUGGCCUCCUCCACCGUCGGCCAGUGCAAACUGUACGGCGACUUUGCCUGCAAGCUGCUCCAACUCAACGUGCACAACUCGAACCACCUGCUAGUCGUGCAGGAGUCCCGCCAACCCAUGAUCACCAACAACUGCGAACGCGCCAACUGCAGCGUAGUCUGCGUCCCCGCCGAACUCGGCCCCAAGUGCAUCUGCUACGAAGGCGAAACCGUCCGCGAGGGCGACCAAUGCCCCCGAAAACCCAACGACGACAACGAAACUCCCCUCGUCACCCACCCCCUAGAAUCCCUCCACGAACCCUCAACCAGCCCCCCCUCAGACUCCACCGCCUCCACCAUCUGGCACGUCCUGUUCGGCCUCACCACCCUCACCCUCGUCGUCGGUUCCCUCGCGUACGUCUACCGGCGCCGCUUCCAGCACAAGUUCAACGUCGGCAUGCACUUCCACAACCCGGAACUGUCCACGAUCGACGCCUCCGAGGUGAAGAUGUUCCAGGGCGCGCCCCAGAUCCACCACACGGCCACGCACACCGAACUGACGCUGGAAACGCCACCGGCCAUUCCACCCGGAUCGAUGGCGACGACGGGUUCCGGCGGAGAUGGGUUGGCGGCGACCAGCCGGGACGUGACCACGACCGCGCUCGAGCUCGAGAACAUGUCCGACGCGGACUCGAUGAAGGACGCGUACGACUGCGGGUACGGCGACGAUCAGCGGCAGCGACUGAUCAUGUAGGUUUGUCUUUUCGAUUUUUUCGGAGAUGAUUUAGGAAUUCGUCUUCGGUUUGUAGGUUUGUAGGUACUAGUUGUGAAAUAGUAUUUUUUGUUAAUUGAUUAAUUGUUUAAUCGUACGUAAUAAAGUUGUUUACUGUUAGAACUA